GAUUUCCUCAAAAAAGCAGCACUGGAAACUUUUCCAGUGCUCUAAAGAUUUUAUCUGAUUUUGCACUUGGCUUAAAUGUUGCAUUUAAACAGACUCAAAGCUUUAUGCAGAAAUUAUUCUAUUGGAAUAUUUGCAAUAAUAUUGAUAGAGAAUAGCAUAUACAGUAGACUCUCACUAAUCCAAGCCUCUCUUAUCCAAGCCUCUGGAUAAUCCAAGCCAUUUUUGUAGUCAAUAUUUUCAAUACAUCAUGAUAUUUUGGUGCUAAAUUAGUAAAUACAGUAAUUACAACAUAACAUUACUGCGUAUUGAACUGCUUUUUCUGUCAAAUUUGUUGUAUAACAUGAAGUUUUGGUGCUUAAUUUGUAAAAUCAUAACUUAAUUUAAUGUUUAAUAGGCUUUUCCUUAAUCCCUCCUUAUUAUCCAAGUUAUUCGCUUAUCCAAGCUUCUGCCGGCCCGUUUAGCUUGGAUAAGUGAGACUCUACUGUAUUUCUCUAAUAAAUAGUAUUAGAGACUCUCACAGUGGCAAAAUUCCUCACAGUGGCAGGAAGGCCGAGGAAGCAACUAACCUCUGAUAGGGAUAUCACUUGAAACCAUGUAGAUGUAUCUUGUACAAUUAACUUCUCCUGAGAUGGGAGAAUUCAAAAUGACUGUUCAUUUUCUGAUGGGUCUAUGGACCGUAAUAAAUGAUGUUGUGAUAAAUAAUUUUUCAAAGAUUAUGCCUGAAAAAACACUAUUUUUAAAAGUCAAAUAUCUAAAGAGUGCUUUUCCAUGAUACAUAUAAAUUAUGUAAAUUUCCUUUGCCCAGAAUUGACUACCACUUUCUGCUUCAUUAGUUGAUUGCACUAGUCUGUUCCAUUUCAAGUAAGGAAAGUAGGCUGCCUCAGAGGAAAGCAAAGACAACCCACCUCUGAACAAAUCUUGGCUAGAAAACCUUGUGAUAGAAUUGUUGCCAUAAUGCAAAAAUGACUUGAAGGCACCCAGCAACAACAAACUGUUAGUUGAACAUUUUGUUUCACUGAGCACAGGCAACCUACCACAAUUUGUAUUGAAUAAGAAGCAAACCAGUUGGGAAACAAGGAGCUGUCUGCAUGCUUCAGAGUAAUCGCAUCCAUGGGCCGGCAAUUAUCAUUUUACUUCAAUAGCAUUCACAAUAAAUGGUGGAGUGAUCAGAGAGUUAUUUGUUUAUUAAUUCUAUCUUGCUUUGUCCUCCAGAGGUUGGCACAAUGGAAAUAGAGCAGUUUUAAGGGUGGAGGGGCAAGUGUCAUAUAUAAUUUCUACCUUGUUCUCAUUUCUAGGUCUGCCAUCUAUGCCAAUCGCCUUUAUCUUAGCUGUUACAGCCAGUGCCAUCCUGAGUGACUUGCCCAGAUCCGGUCUGGUGGACCCACCAUCUGAGGUUAUUACUGCCCUCUUUUCACAGAGUCAUAGAAUAAUAGAGCUGGAAGAGACCAUGUGGGCCAUCUAGACCAAUCCCCAGCCAUGCAGUAAAAGCACCCCCGAUAGAUGGCCACUCAGUCUCUGUUUAAAAGCUUCCAAGGAAGGAGCUUCCACCACACUCUGAGGCAGAGAGUUCCAUUCCUGAACAGCUCUUAGAGUCAGGAAGCUCUUUCUAAUGUUCAGGUGGAAUCCCUUCUCCUGUAAUUUGAACCCAUUGUUCCGACUCCUAGUUUCCAGGGCGGCAGAAAACAAGCCUGCUCCCUCUUCCUUAUGACAUCCUUUCACAUAUUUAUAUAUGGCUACCCUAUCUCCUCUCAACCUUCUCUUCUGCUGGCUAAACAUACCCAGUUUUUAAAAACUCUCCUCAUAGGGCAUGGUCUCCAGACCUUUCAUCAUUUUAGUUGCCCUUUUCUGGACACCUUCCAGCUUGUCAAUAUCACUUUUAAAUUGUGGUGCCCAUAUGUGGUGAGGAGGGUUGGUAUUGUGAGGGGCACAGAAUUCCAUUGCCCAAAAUACCGUUUAAACGCUGUAAGCAGCACAGCAUGGUCAAUGAUGAGGUGAUGGGAAUUACUGUCCAGAGACAGAGUUCCUUAUCUCUGAUUUUGGUUUGCUGCAGAAUAAACAUUUUAUGCAAUUCAGACAACUCUCAAAGACUAUAAAUGAGCCCAGGAGAGACGGGGGUGUUGGUAAAGUGGAUUCUGCUUCAUAUAAUAUGCUGUGAGACAUCAUGGCUAACUAGAACCCAGUACUCAUCAUUUCCUAGUCUUUGAAGAAGAAUGAGAUCCAUAUGCUGUACUUUUACAUACUAUACCUCAUGUUCUGUAUCAGAUUAGUUUUGACUCUUAAGCAGUAAGUCUCAUGAGUGACAAAUUGCCAUAUGGAAGUGUCUUUGUUCUUUUCAGCGUUAUAGUUGCUGAAUAAAAUUUUAAGUUGGAUCUAAAGAUAGUCUUUUUUAAAAAAAAAUUCAUUUGUUUUUAUUGUUUUGUCGUUCUAUCCCACUCCCACUCUCCCACCCUCCCCUCCUUGUACAUACACUUUAUACAACAAACUACAGAAGUUACAUUUGAAAUAUCAAUCUCAAUCUUAAUUUUUCCACUCCACGUUUUACGUAGUACAUUCUCUAAGUAGUUCUUAACUGGUUCCCACAUCCCCUUGAUUAUUGUAAUAUUUUCAAUUUUAUCUAUAUUAUUCCAUUUGCAAUUUGUGAUUUCUACAUUUAACAUAUCAACUAUAUACUUAUACCAAUUCGCCAGAGUCCAUUUUGUUUUAUCUUUCCAACCCCUCACUAAAACAAUUUGUGCACAUGCUAUUAAUUUGUCAAUCAUUUUUUCUUUUUGUAUAUUCUUCACUUCCGUUAUCCUUGCAUGUAGUACAUUUCUAUUAACUAUUACUAUUUGUAGAUUUAGCAUUCUAUUGAUUUCUCCUUCAAUCAUUCUCCAGUAUUUUUGCACCUGGUCGCACUCCCAUAUCAUAUGAUUAAACACCCCUCUUUGUUCACAACCGUGCCAACACUUAUCUUUCAUCCCUGGUAAAAAACGUGAAAGUUGUGCAGGAGUUCUGUACCAUUUUUGUAACAUUUUCCUUCUUGCUUCCCUUAAUACAUUGUACUUUUCUUUUGCUGUAUUACUUAUUUCCCUUUGUAUAUCUUCCCUCUCAAUUUCCUUGUCCAUUCUCCAUGUUUGGAAGGAUAGAUAGAGUCUGACCUCUUAAGUACACUAGAUGUAGGUUGUACGUUGUGAGUUUAACUGCUCUGUCUGCAACAUAAGUAAAAACCUGUGCUCUCACUGAGACCCAUAGCAAUCAAUUGCUGAUUUAGCUCCUUGGAGUCAGCCAAAAUUGGAGGGGCUGUUGUGUUCUUGGAAUACACUGGAGAGGUUUGCAUUAAGUCCUGCACUCCAUUUUCUUCCUUCCUUUUAGAAAAUUAUCUCCAAUUACUGUGCUCUGAUUACAUUCUCUACCUUCCUCUGCUUGAGCUCAUUGGGAAUUUGAUCCAACUGUUAAUAAUUCAGUGAGCUCCGUGUGCCAGGAGAAGCAGAACAUUCAUUAGGAGUUUUCAUUGUCUGAUGUUUAGAAAAAAGGCACACAGCAGCAUUGAGGGAUAUUUUUUUCCUUUCACUUUUAAAAAUAUUUUACUAUGAGCUGAAAUUUCCAGUCAAUUAAAAAUAGAUUAUUGAGGAUGUCUGCAUCCAUUCUAUGUACACAAAAGAUGUAUCAAUAUGAAUUCCACCUGGAGUGUAACAUAAGAAAAUGGCAAGAUAUAGGAAUUGUGCUUGCACAAAAAGAAAAGUUAUCAUAACAUAAAUGUGUGUCCAGUAUGCUACGUAAACGUUAGUUCAUAUAAUAGCACAGGACUAUUACUUUUGGAACAGUAUCUAUCAUGGGAUGCAUGUGAAUAAUGCCGCCCCCACAAUCUCUUAUAACUCAGUCAUGCCCUUUAUAGUAUAUGAUAAGAUACCAGGGAACCUGAAUUGGUUUACCUUACUUCACCCUUCUAAUAUUUCCUUCUGCCAAGGCAACGCCAAAGAUGGAGGAGAUCACAUUCUUGGGCAAAACAAUAGUCACUCUGAUAAAGGGCAGUUCUAACUGAACUAUCAUUCCUAUAAAAGUGAGUUGGUCACUCCUUGUUGCCUUUCUAAUAACAUUUACCAGAGAACAUGUUAGACCAUCCUUUCUGGGAUGAACUCAGCAUAUACUCUGAAAGCUAUGACUGGAAUUAAUUUAAUUGCAUUUUAUUUGGAAGGGAGUGAGAGAGAAGAAUGUUGCCUGCCUUUUGUUUUUUUUCUUCCCUCUCUUCAAAAUUAGAUACUUUUCUAUGUUAUUUUUUUUUAAAAAAAACAGAACUCAUACCCAUUUAAAGAACUAUACUAUUGAUAUGCUACAUCCUCAAGAUUUUCACAUUUUUAAAGAUCUUUCUCCUGGCAUUUUGGACAACAAAUCUGAAUUUCCCCUUUCCCCAAACUGUGAAAUCUGACUAACGCUGUCAGCUUGCACUGAGGCUUCCUUAUCCAUAGACAUAUUUAGAAUUCAGAAGUUCUUUGUCUGCUUGGAAAGCAAAUGUUUACAGGGUAGGAAUAUUUUCCCCAGCAUGCAUUGAUCUGGCUUUGAAAUUAGGAUUUGGCUGUCCUCCACAAAAAGUUUUCCAUCUUGGUUCUCCAAGUGGGAGUAGGCAGUGGAAAACUGGCACCAAGAUGCCUAAAUUACCAUAAAAGAACAACAGUUUAGGUUUCCUUGGCCCUCUCAACAUCCCCAAAUGUCCAAAACCUAGGGGGGAAACUCAGUAUUUUGCAACUCAAAGCCAAAACAGGCAGUGACAUGAAGUGAGAGCAGUGCUGCUACCCUUGGGACAGAAAGUGGCUUUGUCCACUACAUGUGUUACAUUUUUUGUGACUUAUACAAGAGUGUAUAUGCACAUACAUUGUUGUUCUACUGUAUUAUCAACCUCAGGAAGGCCAACUGAUGUCACCUAUCAUAUGCUUUUCAUAGACUCAUCAACAGAUUGGUCUCAUGAUAAUACCUCCAAAGUCAUUCAGGAACAUACAACAGUUUAAAAAGUAGCUUUUGCUAGACUCUGUAAACUGAUAGUAUACCAUUAGAUAUCAAUCACUUCAGCCUUUGGUCAUUCCACUUCCAGUUUAUACUGCUGCUGCAGCUGCCUUCCUCCACAUUUCCCUGAACUAGGGUGCUACUGUUCAUCCCCUCUUCUUCAGCACUUCUUUUACAGCUGAUAUUUCUCAGCUACCCAUCAGGUAGUUGAAGGUGGGAGAACAAGUGCAACAAGUCUUCUAACAGAUUUUAAUUUUUAAGCAAACAGUUAGAACAGAGUAGUUUCAAGCAUCAAUAUCUACACAUGAAACAACAUGUAUCAACAAAGGAAGCUUUUUCUGAGAGCAAAGAACCAUCAGGCUUAGUCUUGUUUACAUCAAACACUUUUUAAUCUUUGAAAAAUUACUCGAGGCAUUGCUGUUCUAAUAUUUAUUGUACAAUUUUGAUCACUCAGCUAGAUUCCAAGGAAUUUCUGUUUGUACACAUUUUCAUUUCAGAUAUUUAAUUAUAAAAUAGAAUAGGAUCUUGAGGACGUACACUGUUCACCCUUGAGCAGAUAGCUAUGGGGUGCUGUAUUAUGUAGUUGAAAUUUUUAACAUUCCUGCAACUUAGGCAGCAAACCUAUUAGAAUCAUAGAAUCAUAGAGUUGGAAGAGAUCUUGUGGGCCAUCCAGUCCAACCCCCUGCCAAGAAGCAGGAAAUUGCAUUCAAAGUACCCCCAAUAGAUGGCCAUCCAGCCUCUGUUUCAAAGCCUCCAAAGAAGGAGCCUCAAUCACACUCCGGGGCAGAGAGUUCCACUGCCGAACAGCUCUCACGGUGAGGAAGUUCUUCCUAAUGUUCAGUGGAAUCUCCUUUCCUAUAGUUUGAAGCCGUUGUUCCGCUUCCUAGUCUGCAGGGCAGCAGAAAACAAGCUUGCUUCCUCCUCCUUAUGACUUUCCCUCACACAUUUAUACAUGGCUAUCAUGUCUGCUCUCAGCCUUUUCUUCUGAGAUGACGCCUUCUCAGCCUUCUCUUCUAUUAAGUGAUAUAGUCUCAGUUUGUGACAACUGACAUACAAGAAUUGAAGGAACCACAUUUCAGAACAUUAUUUUAGAUUAUAUAUUGUUGAAAACAGAAUGGACCUUCCAUUUUAAAAGUGUUCAAAAGUCUGAGUAGAAUUGAUCAGCCUAGUUUUAAUCUAAUCUUUCCAAUGCACCCAUACUGAAAAGCCAUGGGCUGUGGAAUAUCCAAAACUGAGCCUAUAGCCGUGUCGUCUUACAGUGCCUGUUAAUGAUUCUCAAGUUCUGCCACAACAGCCACUGUUCUUUCUAUUCUUGCCCUGCUCUUCCACCUUAAACUGUGAUCCUCAAUGAAAUUACUAGGAAGGAACAUCCUAUUGAACCCGGUAAGGGUUACCUCUGAGGAAACAUGCAUUGGAUUGUGCUGUCGCACUCUAAGUAAGUAGCCUUAUCUUAGGCAGCAUGAAUUAUUGAGAGUUGGCUGUGCUAUCGCAGUAGCUUGGAUAUCCAUCCUGUGUUGCAGGCUUGCAAUGGGACGCACCCUGGCCUGACCCGCUGCUUUGUUCCGAAUCAGUAAAGUGCUGGAUCAGUAUCGGGGGCAUGGCUCCUCUUUCGGCUCAUCACACUAGGAGAGAAAGGCCUUUAUGUGCAACCAAUCACAGGAGCACACAGAGAAGCAUUUUAAGCAAGCAACUGUGUCUGUCUGAUGCUCACUGCUGCGGUGUGGUUGCCGAUUUUGGUCCUUGCAGCCAUGAUGACUCCUAUCGCCAAAUCCUUUUAUGAUCUAAAUGCCACUGACCUCCAAGGGGAGAAAGUGGAUUUCAACAAUUUCAGAGGAAGGGUGGUCCUGAUUGAGAACGUGGCCUCCCUCUGAGGCACGACGGUGAGGGACUACACCCAGAUGAACCUGCUGCAGAGCAAAUAUCCUCGGCGGUUGGUUGUCCUGGGUUUCCCUUGCAACCAGUUUGGCUACCAGGAGAACUGUACCAAUGAAGAGAUCCUCAACAGCCUGAAACAUGUGCGGCCUGGUUCAGGCUUUGAACCCAAUUUCACUCUUUGCCAGAAAUGUGAGGUGAAUGGCAAGAACACCCACUCUGUCUUUGCAUAUCUGAAGGACAAACUCCCUUACCCAGAUGACAACCCCUCCUGCCUCAUGAUGGAGCCCAAAUUCAUCCUAUGGAGCCCUGUGAGCCGCAACGACAUUUCCUGGAACUUUGAGAAGUUCCUGGUGGGACCUGAAGGAGAGCCAUUCAAGCGCUACAGCCCCCGAUUCCUCACCACCAACAUUGAGCCUGACAUACAGCGCCUCCUGAAGCUUGCCAAAUAAGCCAGGGAAUCGACACUAUUUCUGAAAUUAUUCAAAUAGCCAUAACAUAGCAGCAUGGGUCAGAAGAAAGGCUAGAAAUUCACUGCACUGUGGUCAUGCGCAUCCCCCUUACGGAUCACCAAAAGAAUCAAGGAAAUACCCACAGCACCCUUCCUUCCUUUUUCUUCCUCUCCUCCUUUUCUGCUGAGUGAAUCAGGUGCUUCAUCCUAUCUCCUACAACAGCCAAUAUCAGAUCUUUACUAAUUGACGGUGUCCUCCUAAAGCUCAACAGAGGGAACCUGAAGCAUGUAAAGGUGCUGAUCCCAUAACUUUUUAUUUGCUGGGCAUUAUUGGUUUCAUAAGUGAAAUAAAAAAGAAGUUGAAGAAA